AUCCUACGGCAUGGUUUUUACCGUAGUCGGGAUCCCACUUGUCCUAUGCAUCAUCCAACAACGGGAGUGGAAGUCGAGUGGCGUAAAAUUCGACAUAUGUGGCUGGGAGAAUAGGCAAUUGAUUCUCCGCUCUGCUCUCUACUCCUGUUUCCCUCUCACUCAAAUUUAAGCUAUUUGAAUCUGAUUAUCGAUUGCACUCUGUUGAUGGGCGCUCUGGAUGAAUGCCAUUACAAUGGCGAGAUCGGAAACGGAGUGUACAUCGCCGAUUGCGACUGCGUCGAGCUGGAUUCGGACGAUGAGGAGGAGGAGGAGGCGCAAUCAAUCGAAGAUGCUGUGAGAAUCCUGCUGCAAGGAUUGGGCGAGGACAUCCAUCGCGAAGGCCUGCGCCGGACGCCUCUGCGCGUCGCCAAAGCCCUCCGCGAAGGAACACGAGGUUAUACGCAAAAGGUGAAGGACAUUGUUAACGGCGCCUUAUUCCUGGAAGCCGGCUUGGAGAGCCGGGUCGGGUGUGCGGGAGGAACCGGCGGGCUUGUAAUCGUUCGCGAUCUCGAUCUCUACUCAUACUGUGAAUCUUGCUUACUCCCGUUCCACGUCAAGUGCCACAUCGGCUACAUCCCGUCGGGCGAACGAGUCGUUGGCCUGAGCAAACUCGCCCGAGUAGCCGAAAUAUUCGCCAAACGCCUCCAAGAACCGCAUCGAUUAGCUCGGGAGAUUUCCGAUGCGCUACACCACGCUGUCAAACCGACCGGAGUCGCCGUCCUCCUCAAAUGCACUCACAUCCAUUUCCCCGACUUCGAGUCGGCCAUCUUCGAACCGAAUCACCGAGGAUGGGUCACGGUAUCCGUCACGUCGGGAUCGGGAGCCUUCGAGGACGAAAUGGUCGAUAGUUGGACCGAUUUCCUCACUCUCCUCCGAUUCCGAGGUACAAACAUCGACGACCACAUGAACCCGGUUGAUAAAUUGUGGUGCCCGUCUUCCUCGUCUCGUACCUUCGACACGGCGAUCGAUCCGGCGAUGCUCAGAUCGGUUUCGUCGAUCCUUCGCAAAUUAGGCGAGGACCCGUCGAGGAAAGAACUCUCCGAAACCCCGGCGCGGUUUCUGAAAUGGCUGAUGAGCUUCCGGAAGACCAAUUUUGACGUGAAGCUGAACGCGAUCCCUCAUCGACACGAUUUUAUCUUGCACUCGCACGGCGGCGAUCGACAGCACCUCUGCUCGGAGAUGAAUUUACCGUUGUGGUCGCAAUGCGAACACCAUCUUCUCCCAUUCCACGGCGUCGUCCACAUUGGGUAUUAUGGGUCGACGACGAGCCGGGUCACCUCUGUCGGGAAGUCGAUACUGCAAUCGAUCGUGCAUUUCUACGGGUUCAAGCUGCAGGUGCAGGAGAGGCUGACGAGGCAAAUCGCGGAGACGGCGUCGACGGUGUUGGGCGAGGACACGAUCGUCGUCGUGGAAGCGAAUCACACCUGCAUGAUCUCGCGCGGCAUUGAGAAGUUCGGUAGCAGCACGGCGACGUUCGCCGUGCUCGGGCGGUUCGCGACGGACCCGGCGGCAAGGGAGAAGUUUCUGCAGAUUGUUCCUAAGUUUGGAAGCUGACGUGAAAGAAAGAAAAGGACAGGAAGAAUGGCUAUAGGGUUUGAGGAAGGGUGGAAUAAAGAAAGAACUACACAUGCUUCUUUGCAAGUAUUUUUAUUACGUAUCAUCGUCGUCUUUGUCCGAAUUUUGAAUUGCGUAUGUAACUUACGUAUCAUAAAAUUUGUUACAUUGUUCGGUCACACUUGAAGUACUAAAGGACGGGAAGUACCAACUGCACGUAAAUUGUAAUUGAUGUUAAAAGACUGAGGAAGAGAGUUUUCUUAUACAAUAUUUUAGGAACUACCGAGAGUUUAUGAAAUUUAACAACUUUUAGUUUAAAAUGAGAUUUUAUGAUAUUUGUCUAAUUUUAUUAAAAAUGAAAUGAAUUUUUAAAAAAAAAUUAUUUUUGUUCAUAUUUAUUUAUUAAUAAAAAAAUAAUUUUUGUAUCGAAUACAAUGUUAAUCUAAAAAAAUAUAAUCUUAAAAAUGGUAUUGAACAAUUGUAGGAGUAAUUAGCUACUCUAAAUUGAAAUAAGAAAGCCCUAAAAUUGAAAAGCUUUACUUUGUCCAAAGAUCCGCAUGGAUUCCAAUAGCGGGAACCUCCCCGGACCAAAUCCUCUCCACCGCCACUGCCACCACCAGCUCCGCCGCCAUCACCACGUGUUUUACAUAAAUCCUCACUGCCCGCUUCACCGCUCGAUUUUGCAGCCGGAGAACCAUUCGCCGUCGUGCUCGCUUUCAACCCUGCAAAAUCCGGAACUAGUUGCGCCUACUCCAUUCAACCAUUGUCCUGAUUUUCUCGAUAAUCAGCCCAAUCCAACAUCCGAUGAUUCCCUGUUUAUGCAAAAUGAAUUUGAGGAUUUGGAAGUUGAGGAAGAUGAUGAUGAUGAGCCUGUGUUUGUUCUAACUGAUGAAUGGAGAGAUUUCUUUGCAAAAUCUGAGGCCAAAAGGAAACAAG